AUGACCAGCGAGGACCUCGAGAGGGCGCUGGAGGCGGAUCCGAACAUGCCCCUAUCGCGAGGCAAGCUUGCCAUCCCUUUUGUUGGCAAGGAUGUGCCAUCACCGACUAACGAGUUUGCUCAUCCGGACAUCGUGAUCGGCCUGACCAUCCUCGGGUAUCGCUACGAGUUCUUGCGACUCACGGACAUCGACGAGGUCAUCGUCCGGCUUCUGAACGACGUUCGGAAGGAGCCUGGCAGACAGCAGGAUCGGCCCUCCGCGGUUCUCUACCGGGGUUGGGUCACCGAGUCGGGUGGUCACAUCUGCGCCGGGCACAACCUGAGCAUCCCCCAGCGAAAGAAGACCCACAUGGACCCGUCUGUGCCGAACGCCGAGAAGGUGGAGAGUGGCAAAGGAGUGCCGCCCUUGGCCCUGCUCCAGCGCUCCAACGACACGCAGAUGAAGGACAUCUUCAAGCUCCUCCGCAGCUCCACCUCGGUGAUCCAGUGGUACUUGGAGCAGCUGGUGUUCCCAAAGUACAUGAGGUUCCAAAGCAAGAAGCUCUCAGCAAGUGGGCAGGAGCUUGGGGCAGAGAUGCUCUUUGCACGUCGCGUUGGAUUCAGCGGCACCCCCACUGAGCUGCUUCCAAAGGGCCUGGGGCGUUGCCACUUCGCGCCAGGCGAUGACGCGGCGAUGUUUACGACCCUCACCGACCCGGCUGUGAUGAGCCUCAAACAGAUCGAUGGGCAGUGGACAGUGGACGCCCUGCUGGAGCAUGUGGUGGCCGAGGAGACCUGA